UAUUAAAAUGGGCGGAAGUAAACAUAGGCACAGCAAAGAUAAAUUGUAUUUGUUACACAGUGAACUAGAUAGCUCAUUAAACCCAAAAAUAAACGCAAGACCAGGGGAACUUCUACCACUCGAUUCCUGCGCAUUAACCCUGCAACCAUUCAAAUCGCCAGUAUGUACCACCCAGGGACAUGUAUUUGAAGAUAGCGCAAUUAGAAGCUAUAUAGAAAAACAUGGGACCAAUCCAGUCACGGGAGAACCGCUAUCGCAAGAUGAACUGAUACCAUUAAUCUUCACAAGGGAUGAUGACAAUGAACUACAAUGCCCACUGUCAUAUAAAAGGUUUACACCAAGCUCACACGUAGUUGUAGUAAAGACUUCAGGAUAUGUCUACGCCUACGCAACACUAAAAGAAGUAUCGGCUAAGCAGCCUGGAUGUGCCAUGCAAGAUCCAAUGACAGGUGAAACUUUUAGCAAAAAGGAUCUGAUAACAAUACAAGACCCACAUAAUACAGAGCUACGUAAAAUCGCAAAUUUCAAGCAUAUCAGCACUACCUUCAAUAACACGGAACAAUCCAAAAGUGAAAUUAGAGGAAAUGCCCUUUAUCGCAAUACUCUUGACAAAUUCGAUGGUGCAACGGAUAUCAUAGAAAACCAUGCCAAGCUGUUCAAGAAACCACAAAUUGAUACCUUAGCGGAUAGACCCAAACACGCAAGGUUCACAACAAGUGGACAAGCAUCAAGCUUUACAUGUACAACAAUAGAACCUACUUACGGCACGCAGUAUAGACCCAUGACAGUCUUUGAAGUGAGGGAACCACUAUACGAUAUGGUCAAGAAGCAGAAAUUGAAAGCAUAUGUAAAAAUAGUUACCAGUGAUGGAGAUAUUAACCUGAUGCUACACUCAGAUAGAGUGCCAAUGACAUGCGAUAACUUUCUACAGCAUUGCGAAGAUGGAUACUAUGAUAAUACAAUAUUCCAUAGAUGCGUGCCAAACUUCAUGAUACAAGGAGGUGAUCCCACAGGUACAGGCAGUGGAGGUGAAAGUGCCUUCUACACCAGAGCACAAAAAAAUAACCCAAAUGAAGUAGUGCCUAAAUAUUUUAAGGACGAAUUUGAUAAUACACUGUUCCAUGUGGGAGCCGGGGUACUCUCCAUGGCCAAUAAAGGGAAACAUACCAACGGAUCACAGUUCUUCAUCACAUUCAAUACCUGUGAUCACCUAGAUAACAGACAUACAGUAUUCGGUAAAGUAGUAGGAGGCACAGAUAUACUGAAGAAAUGGGAAAAACUGAAAAUAGAUGAUGAUGAACGGCCACUCAAACCACCAAAACUAAUAAAAACAGUGAUCUAUUCAAACCCAUUCGAUACUGUACAAAAACAACUGCAAGAACAGAAAGAACAAGAGGAAGUUAAUAAGAAACGUAGCCUAUCCAGCACUACACGUAACUGGAUCAUACACCCGACGUUACAGAACACUAGUAACCAAGUCAACUCAAGUGAAGAAGUAGGAUAUCUACUGAAUAAACGAAUAAAAACAGAUAAAAAGAAAGAAUAGAUGCAACUGGCUGUAUGUAUAUAAUUGUAAUAUUGAGAACCAAUUCAUAGUAGACAGUGAUCAAUGAACAGGCCGGCCGGAAAUAUUCUCACUAGCACGGCGCUUCGGAUUUGCAAUUGCUAAAUUCUGCAAUAAACCAGGCAUUGAAAAGAAAAAUGACAUCCCAGGCCUGGAGAAGUGGUGAGGGUCAAGCACAACGUCAG